AUGGCGAACCACCCAGGCGAGGAAAACGUAGCGACGCUUUUUGGAGACAUCCACUACUUCUACGGUCCUCCCGACCACAGCCCGCCGCAUCACCGCUUCGACAAGGGCUCCUACGUCUACCUCUUUGAGAAUGCCAACGACCGCCGCGCGCGCAUCGAGAUUGCGAACAAGGCCGGCACCGAAGAGCAGGACUCCUUUGACGGCUUCCUCGACAAGACGCAGGUCAAAUAUUCCUACCGCCACCAAUGCCUCGUCUCCCUGACCGUGGGAGAGGCCAGUGACCCCAACGAGUGGCACCUCCCGACCUUUGACCCCCACAACCAGAACAAGUACCACUACCCGCUUCACUCCCUGGACAUUUAUUUCUGGACGACAAAGGACGCGCUGCAGUUCCUGAACGGCAUCCGCCGGGUUCUGCCUCAGCAGCAGGUCGACGUCGAGGAGGAACCGGCGCCUCCCCCGCACCCCACCGACGCCAGCUCCGUGGUCCAGCAGCUCGAGACCAUCGCCAUAACCGAUCCCACGUACACGUCGCCCAUUGCCGCCCAGGUCGCUCCCAUUCCUCAGGCGCCGCCUCUGUCCGCCGUGUCCAACGAGCCCGCGCCGCAGACAAGCUAUGCGCCCAUCCCCUACAACCCCGCGGCCCCUGCUGCGCCCGAGACCAUCCGUCACCGAGAGAAGACGCCGCCCCCCGAUGACGGCAUCGACCCCCUUGCCCAGGCCAUAGCCUACGACAACCAGGCGCCCUUCUCGCCCGGCUUCGUUCCGCCUCCCGGCUUCCUCCCAGGCCAGCAGCCCGGUCUCGCCAGCCCUGGCCUUCCCCCGCCGCCCUCGGUCUUUGGCGCCCAGCCCGGCCUUCAGCGCUCGCAGACCAUGCCCGUGCAGCCCGCUGUUGUCGCGAGCCCCUUCAACGCCGCCUACACCGCCGCUGCUGGGUUCCAACCGCCGCCGCCGCCGCCGCCGCCUCCCCCUGGCGGUCCGCAGCCCCAACAGCAGCCCCUGCAACAGCAGCAGCAGCAAGUCGCGACACCGCCCGUCCAUACCGAGACCUCGCCGCCCCCGCUGCAGGCCUCGCCCCCGACGGGCGGCUACUCGUCGUACGCCUACACGCACCAGCCGCAGCAGCAGCCUGACACGUCCAUCUACGCGAUGCACCAGCAGCACUACCAGCCCACCGAGGCCGAGGCGCACAAGUACAAGGGCCGGAAGGAGCCGACGGGACGGCUCGAGGCCAAUGCUGGGCGGUUGGAGAGGGGCAUGACCGGCAUGUUUAAGAAGUUUGAGAAGAAGUUUGGGUGA